AGGUUUGCUGCGUCUGGACGAGCACGCUGUCUCUGGGCGUCUGCAUUCUUCUGGCCGUUUCAGCUCUUGCACAAAUUGAGGCUUCACGCUAAAUGCAUUACGCUGUAUAACAAUUAAUCCCGCGCUGCAUAUAGAAAGUCCUUACUCAUCAAUAAUGCAUUCGGGAGGAGUGAUUUUCACUCUCAGUAAUAAGGCUAAGACAAUGGAAACAAGCAGGUAAUGGAGAACAUUUAUAAUGAUGUUAAUCUAAUAAUGAGUAUAAUGCUGUUAAAAGUAAGACUGCAAACUGGACACAUCCAAAGAUAAAUUAUUUCAAGCAUUCAUUAACUAAUGCCUAAUUAAUGCCCAAUUAGAGAGAUGCUGCAUGGGAAAUGGUUUGGACAGCUCGAUGAAUUCAUUCCCAUCACUAAAGCCUCAGCCAGGAGCAGGAGGAUGCAGAAGGACACCGCGAGCUGGGUGACACAGCGCGUGGCAGUGGGAGAGCGCUAGGAGAUAAACACACCCGUGCUGGUUUUAUCCAUGUCAGCAGUGCUUUGCUUCUAUUCACUUGGCUGGCAGGUUUCUGCAGGAUUUUUCUGUGCCGCUUUUGAAGCUCUCCCUCCCCGGUGAGCGCCGACGCACCUGCCGGUGCCCCUCCACCUGCCUCACAACCUUUACAAGAUGCAGUCAGGAGGUUUGCACCAGCAAUAGCGAGCGUGGUGAGUCGGCCGGGACUGGACUCUGGGGGAUCAAAGCACAAAGAGGACAGGGGCAUCGUCCCCAUGGGGAUGGUCCCACCGACGGUGGCUACAGAGACCGAGGUACUCCCAGCCACCUUGGCCAUUGCCCUCCUGGGGCCAGCUCAGGUCUUUGGUUCUAGGGGUCUCAUCCCCAAAUCUAAACUUUGACCAAAACACGGCCAUCUCGGAGCAGCUUCUCAUGGCAGGAGACAGUCAGCAGAUUUUAUGGGCUGGGAGAGACUCAUCCUUGAUGAGACCAUGUGCCCUGAGCACAUCCACCAAGGAGGUUUCCUCUUUCCUUUCUUUGCUCACCUAAUUAUGACUUUUUCUAAGCAUCCUUCCUUUUCCUGUUUCCACAUUUUCUUUAUCCCCGAGAUGCAGUGUGUAGGCAGAAAGAAACCCCUGCCUUUUCUCCCCACCAUCAUACUCUUGGGAAGAGCAGAGCCAGCAGCACACCCGAAACAACCAUCCCACUGCCACCACCGACAGCAGGAGUCGGCUCCUUUUCCAGAGGAACUUCAGCCAUUAACUCAGGAUCACCAGAUAAUGAAAGAGAUGGGCUCAGCUUCCCCUGACCUUCUCCUCCGGAGCCAUCGGGCGCUGAGAAGCUCCACGCUCCUUUUCAACGGUGUUUUACACCCUGGCCACUUUGGUCCAUCACUAUGCAUCGCUACCAGCCGCCUGUCAUCACCGCCUAGAUGUGAAAUUUGGGAUGCUAUGCGAUCCCUGCCCGGCUCCUCCUCCCGCCGGGGCCCUCGCGGAGCUGCUGCUGGUGCUGCUGGGGCUGAAGGUCCAUGGCACCGCGGGCUGCCCCACCGACUGCGUCUGCUACCCCUCGCCCAUGACCGUCAGCUGCCAGGCCCACAACUUCGUCACCAUCCCUGAGGGCAUCCCCGAGGACAGCGAGAGGAUCUUCCUGCAGAACAACCAGAUCACCCUGCUGCUGCGGGGCCACUUCAGCCCCUCCAUGGUCACCCUCUGGAUCUACUCCAACAACAUCACCUUCAUUGACCCCAACACCUUUGAGGGGUUCGUCAACCUUGAGGAGCUGGACCUGGGGGACAACCGCUACCUAAGGGCUUUGGCGGCGGACACUUUCCAAGGGCUGGUGAAACUCCACGCUUUGUAUCUGUACAAGUGCGGGCUCAGCUCCCUCCCCAGCGGGAUAUUCGGCGGCCUCCACAACCUGCAGUACCUUUACUUGCAAGACAACCACAUCGAGUUCCUUCAGGACGAUAUUUUUGUUGACUUGGUUAACCUCAGCCAUCUUUUUCUCCAUGGAAACAAGCUCUGGAGCCUCCAUCAGAACACGUUCAGGGGACUAAUAAACCUGGAUAGGCUGCUCAUCCAUCAGAAUCAGCUGCAGUGGGUUCACAGGCGGGCUUUCCACGACCUCCGGCGACUGACCACCCUGUUCCUCUUCAACAACAGCCUCUCGGAGCUGCAGGGGGACUGCCUGGCCCACCUGGGAGCCCUGGAGUUCCUCAGGCUGAACGGGAACCCCUGGAGCUGCGACUGCAAGGCCCGCUCGCUCUGGGAGUGGCUGCACCGCUUCAGGGGCUCCAGCUCCAGCGUUAUCUGCGAGUCCCCCGAGCGGAUGCACGGCAAGGACCUAAAGGUGCUGAGGGCCGAAGACUUUAGGAACUGUUCGGGCUCGGAGUCGCUCCACCAGAUCAAAACACACACUUUCUCGGCAGCAGACAGAGGAGCCUCCAAAGCCCACCACCCCCACCACUCCUCCAAGGAGAAGGGCAGCGAGCGAGGGGCCGAGAAGGGUUUGCACAGCAGCCAGCCCGCGCCCCGGCCGGGCUCACGCCGCCCCGGCAAGAACUGCACCAGCCACAAAAGCCGCAACCGAACCCUUAAGCCGGUGUCGCUGGGGCCGCGGAAAAGCGAGCACGAGGUCCACGACUACGUGCCCGACUAUCAGCACAAAUUCAGCUUCGGCGUGAUGCCCACGGGCCCCCCGAGACGCAAGGGUAAGUGCACCCGGCGGACGCCCAUCCGCGCCCCCAGCGGGGUGCAGCAGGCGGCCGGCAGCGCAGGCCUCGAGGCCUCGCGCCUGGUUUUUGUGCUGCUGCUAGCAGCCGUCAUGCGCUGAGCCCGGCUGCGGCGGAGCGGAUCUGCACUGCCACCCACCUACAACGGACCAGAGUUUCUUUUCUUCUUCUUUUUUUGGACGUGGAGAAUUGGGGCCCCGCCGAGGGAAGGCCGGCGGCCUGCGGGCGCGGGCGGCAGCGGGCGCGGGCGGCAGGAGCGGGUUGAAAGGCGUUGUCGCGCGGUGUCACCAACAGCUGAGCCCUGCACCGGGAGAAAAAAGCCAACCUUACACAACCGGUAACGGGGACGGCGGCCAGCCUGCCGGCGACGUCAGCCGGACAACUGGAAACUUGUGAAAUCCUGUUAAUUUGAGAGUGCGCCGAGUGACCCCGCCAAUUACCGCAAGGAACAUUAUUGCUGUAAAAAACGAUCACCAAUUAAGCCUACACUGUUUCUCUGAAAGUGAGUGCAAGGACGCUUAUUCUCAUGUAAUAAGGACAUUGGUUCUCCCACGUUUUAGCCCUUUUGGCUCCAAACCCACAGGCCAAAGUUGGCUGGAAAUCUAUUAGAAGACAAUCUCAAAACCCUGAAUAUCUCAGGCAUUACAGCAGAACAGGGCUUGCCUGCUGGGCUUGGAGUAGCCAACUACCAAAGGAAAGACUGGUUAGAGGUGGAAUAAUU